UUCCGCUCGAAGAAUCGAGUGCGUCGGACUUGAUGAAGAUGCUGCCUUCCGAGCUCGAGCAAAGGGACACUCGCCCACGCGCACGUGAGGUCAGUAACCUUUGUUCUCAGUCUAACUCAACAAACUGAUGUGACAUAUAGCUCAAGCAUAUUGAAGGGAUGAUCAAGGCAGCUGAGACUGCUGCGGUUCAAGCUGAGUGGCGUGACUGGAAUGCCGACGUCGCGAUCAAUCGUCUUCCUCCCGAAGUGCUCCGGGAGAUAUUCGUGACGACCUGCACCAUCAAGCUAUUUGAAUACGAAUCUGCACGCACUGUUUAUGAAUGCAUCGACAUAAUGACUGUAUGGAACCCAACUUGGAUUGAAAAGGACAGAGCAGUCAGUCUCAUGCUCGUCUGCCAUCAUUGGAAAGAGAUCGCCUUGGGGAUCCGGGAGCUCUGGAAUUGCAUUGAAACAGUCCGGGGUAAUAGAGAUCACGUCUUGCUGGAGAGGUCCGGCCGAGGCCCGCUCAAGGUGCUGGUUCGCGGCAAAUCUUGUGCUGUUGCGCAUGCUCUCCAAAACGUGGAGCAUUCAUCCCGAAUCCAAGAGUUAUACUGGAAACGGCCCUUAGCAUGUGAAGACCUUCGAAUGCCAGCACCCUCGCUGAAGUCUCUUGCACUGCAAGAAGACCGGGGUGACAGUGUGCCAGACGGAUCCCUCAAGUCCUUCGACAACCGCACCCCGUGUCUGGAGCGCCUGUCACUGUCAUGGUUGGGUUGGCUGCCCAGCAAUGCGUUCGCCAAGCUGACAUUCUUGGCUCUCGACACGUGCGUAUUGCCUAAAGCUCCCAUCAAAUUACGCUGCUUGCUUGCUGGAACACCGAACCUGGUCGAUCUCAUCCUGCAAAAUGUAUCCGACUACCCGCACAUUCGAGUGGAAACUGAGCCUGCGGACAUGAAGCCUGUGUCGCUCGCUCGGUUGCGCCGGUUGCUGAUCGAGUAUAUGUGGGCCGAUGAUAUCGACUAUGUCUUCCGCGACGCUCAGCUAAAUGAAGACGUGUCUGUCUCGAUCAAACGUAAAAGAAAGGGCGAUGAUGAGCAACGACUUCUAGAUGUGGUAUCCACUUGGUCGUUGGAUGCCCUGAAGCAACCCAAAGAACUGCAUUUCCAGCCGCGCAUCGCCAUCGUCACUGGAGCCUCUUCUGGUUUCCGUUUCGAAGUCGAAGACGACAUGACCCUCGAGGAUUGGACCGCAUUCAACUGGCCACAGGCUCUUUCCCUUUCCAGCAUCUCUCACCUGUGCACGUUUGAGCGGGAUGCAUGCAGGCCGCCCGAUCUUGAAUGUGUCUGCAACCUUCUUAGGCAGAUGACCGCACUUGAGACAUUGUCCGUCAAGAUUGCGAGCCUGACGAAGAUCGUCGAUGCACUCACACUCUUCCAAGACCCAACCGACCCGCCUCUCUGUCCCGCACUGACGACGCUACGUAUCGCCAUCCAAAAAGAUAGUGAUUGUGACAUAAUUCUGGAUUCGAUCCUCCCGCGUCGCGCGCAGCUUGGCAUCAAGCACCUUUAUAUCGGGUUAAUCGAUUCUCAGAAUGAACGCUGGAGACGUCGUCAAGCUGUGAAAGACCAACUGUAUGGCAAAUUCGAGUCGGUGAAUUUCGAGACGCUGUUGCACGAUAAGGCAUACAACAUUACUUUGCCGCUGGUUUGUGUUGAGGAGGCGCAUGCUUUGUGGCCGUCCUGGCUUUAGGUGUUGUGUGGACGAGAGAUUGACGUGGAUUGCAGUGAGACCAAAUAGCGGGGAUGUAUUAGAGGAGAAACAAAUGUAUAUUGUGCUAUAGCAGAUGUCCACCUUUCUGAAUGCGAAGCCUUGGACUGAGAUGUGGUGAAUGUCAUGACUACAUCCUAA